UUCAAUAAAAUCUGAACAUUAAUAUUUAAGUGCAUGAAUUAAUACAUCUGAACUCAUGCAGUAGGAACUAGGAAAUAUGAAACACUAGAACCAGACACAACUUUUUAAUUUUUAUUAAUUUUAAUUUGAUUAAACAGAUUUUUUUCCUAACAUUGUUGGCAUUUUCCCACACACAGUUAAACAAAUUAAUGUUGAUUAAGGUGUGUGUGUGAGAGAGAGAUAGAGAGGGCGAGAGGGAUAGUUAAAAUAAUUUUAAAACUACCCGACCGGAGUGGAGGCAGUGACCGACGCAUGCACGAGCCGUUUUCAGCUCUGUCUUGUCAAAUGCACCACGUACGUUACGAAAAAAGUAACUUUAAAUAUUGAACUGAAAAAGAGGCGAGCUGAAGAAAACCUAGGGAGUACUGAAGAAACGUGAGCAACAGUGAAGCAAGCACAGAGAUCCGUUACUGUCUGUGUGUGUGCGUGGAUGCCUGGGCAGAGCUGACUGAGCUCCCGGCUGCAGAUGUUGUGUAGGGAGGGGCAGGCGCUCUAUGAGACUGGUCAAUCACAGAGCGUGAAGACAGCCUGUUUCCCAAUGAGGAUUUUCCUUCAGCACGAUUACAGAUGUUAACGAGUUUUACUCGUUUCAUGCUCGAAUUUGUCAAAAAUGCUUUAUCCAUCUGAAACGAGUAUCCGGCUCAUCCCUAGCUGUACCCACCCUGCCCUGCCUCCUCCUCCUUGCUGCCUGCUGGCUGUGAUCACAAGCAACAACAGAGUAGUUCCCGCUGCUUCAUCGUGAAACGGCUCAAAAAAAAAACUUGGGAUUUCAGCCGUGGCGGGCAACCACGGCUAUGUCUAUGUAAGGGAAACACUGCCAACAAGAGGAAGUGAUCUGUGCAUUUUCCAACUUUCAUGGUAAUGAGUGAAGAUGUGACUGUUGAUUCGUUCCUUGUGUUUAUAUUAUCACUCCACUUGUCUGUGUGUGCACGUUUUAGGAGCUGCUGGGUGUGCUUUGCAACAGACGAGGAUGAUCGCACAGCAGAGUGGGUGCGACCUUGUCGAUGCCGUGGCUCAACUAAGUGGGUCCAUCAAGCCUGUCUUCAGCGCUGGGUGGAUGAGAAGCAACGGGGCAACAGCACAGCUCGAGUGGCCUGCCCACAGUGCAACACCGAAUACCUCAUCGUUUUCCCCAAACUCGGUCCUGUGGUCUACGUUCUGGACCUGGCAGACCGGCUCAUCUCUAAAGCCGGUCCCUUUGCUGCAGCUGGGAUUAUGGUGGGCUCCAUCUACUGGACCGCGGUCACCUACGGAGCCGUCACAGUCAUGCAGGUUGUGGGGCAUAAGGAGGGCUUGGAUGUGAUGGAGCGGGCCGACCCGCUGUUCCUGCUCAUUGGGCUGCCCACCAUCCCUGUCAUGUUGAUCCUCGGAAAGAUGAUCCGCUGGGAGGACUACGUGCUGCGUCUGUGGAGGAAGUACUCAAACAAGCUGCAAAUCCUCAGCAGCAUCUUCCCAGGCAUCGGCUGUCCCGUUCCUCGGAUCCCAGCAGAGCCCAGUCCCCUGGCUGACCAUGUGUCAGCCACACGGAUCCUGUGUGGCGCUUUGGUCUUCCCAACCAUCGCCACCAUUGUAGGGAAGCUCAUGUUCAGCAGCGUCAACUCCAACCUGCAGAGGACUAUCCUGGGAGGCAUUGCUUUUGUGGCCAUCAAAGGAGCGUUUAAGGUUUACUUCAAACAGCAGCAGUACCUGAGACAAGCUCACCGCAAGAUUCUUAACUUCCCCGAGCCCGAGGAAGCCUGAGGAUGAAGCAUAGUCACUCCUCACCGUGUGACGCCUCUCACUUUGCAGAUUGAUGCAAUCACUAAACUGCAGCUACAAACCUGUUUCCCAUGAGGCCGUGCUGUGCCUGCUUCAAUCCCAUAAUACUAAACAUUCAGUAUUUUAAAAGCAGGAUUUGUGCAAACCCGGAGUUUUAUGAGAUGAUUGUUUUGUGUUGUCUCCUUGAUAUGAGUGAAGGCUGAUGUAGAAGGAUGAAAAUGAACUAUUAAUGAAACGCUAACGUUGAUCGGCUGAGCUGGAGAUCUGCAGUGUUUCGUUAAAGCUCAAGAUUUAAAAGCCCUCUUGUUUAAUUUCUGCGAUGAUUAUAAGUUAAAGUUCUUUAAAAUGACAGAAUUAUUCAGGUCAGAGCUGGAUUUGUGUCACCACUGAGAUAAACGAAUGCUUUGUGAUGAAAUGCUUGUUUAAUCUGAAGGAUCCAACUUGUCACUGGUCUCUGCUUAGCCUGUAGAGAAGAUGUGAACUUGUUCAACAUGUUACUUUUGAUCACUGACAUAUCUGUGAAUAAAUGUAUUUUUCCAGACA